AUGCCUCCGACGAAACGGAAACAUGCCGAGUCUGCUAGUUCCGAGUCCGAGUCUGACGGCGGCUUCUCCGAGGUUCCUCUCGACGAUGCUUACUCUGAGGAUGAAGUGGACAUCUCUUCUGCUCUGACCGGGAAACGUGCUAAGGUCACCCCGCGGGUCAACAGCAAAGGAGCGGAUGACGACGACGACGACUUGCAAGAGUUCAUCAGGGAGUCGAUAGCGAAACGGGACGUGAAGGAGGGCACCGAGAUGAUCAAGAAGACGAAAGGAAAGUCGAAAAUCGUCAAGGGCGAGGUUGGCGGAGGAAGUUUCCAAAGCAUGGGUCUAUAUCCCUGGCUCUUGCGAUCCCUGACCUUGCAGGGGUUCCGUAUACCUACACCCAUCCAACGUCUGGCUAUCCCUGCACUACUCUCCAGUCCUCCUCGCGACCUCGUUGGAAUGGCUCGGACAGGUUCUGGGAAGUCUCUUGCGUACAUGGUCCCUCUAGUACAACGUCUCGGAGGUCGGCAUUCCGGUACCUUCGGAGCUCGCGCUUUAAUUCUGCUUCCCGCUCGUGAACUUGCGCUGCAAAUUCUCAAGGUAGGAAAAGAGCUUGCGCGCGGGUGGCAUGCUGGCGAGGGCGACCACGCGGGCGAACACAAGGAUACGGAAGACGGGAAGAAGGGUCAAAGCCUGCGGUGGGGUCUUGUCGUCGGUGGUGAAAGCUUGGACGAACAAUUCGAGAUGAUCUCAAGUAAUCCCGACGUCAUAAUCGCCACGCCUGGUCGUCUGCUUCACCUCAUCGUCGAGAUGAACCUUGACCUCAAGUCGAUAGAGUAUGUCGUGUUUGACGAAGCCGAUCGCCUGUUCGAGAUGGGCUUCCAGACCGCCCUCUCCGAAAUUCUGCACCGUCUUCCCCUCACCCGACAGACGCUCCUGUUCUCUGCAACACUCCCGAAGUCACUCGUUGAGUUCGCAAAGGCUGGUCUCCAAAACCCCAAGCUGGUACGACUCGAUGCGGAGACAAAAAUCAGCUCCGACCUCCGGAUGGCCUUCUUCUCUGUCAAGCAAGCUGAGAAGGACGCAUGUUUACUCGUGCUUCUCCGCGACGUAAUCGGCGUCCCCUACGGCAGCACUGUGCCUGAGGUCGACGAGGCGUCUGAACAUAGGAAGGGCAAAGGCAAGGCGAAAAAGUACUCCGAGCACGCGAUCGCCCCACACCAAACGCUCGUCUUCGCCGCCACAAAGCAUCACGUCGAAUACCUCACCAAUCUGCUCAGCACCGCCGGCUACGCGGUCUCGCACAUCUACGGCACGCUCGAUCAGACCGCUCGCAGCGAACAGAUGGACAACUUUCGCCGCGGGCGCACGAGCAUCCUCGUGGUCACGGACGUCGCCGCCCGCGGUAUCGACAUCCCUGUCCUCGAGAACGUCGUCAAUUACGAUUUCCCGUCGGGGGCCCGCGUGUUCAUCCAUCGUGUCGGGCGUACCGCCCGUGCAGGCCGCCAGGGCUGGGCUUGGAAUUUCGUCAUGGCCGCAGAGCUGCCGUACCUGCUCGACCUGCAGCUCUUCCUCGGGCGCCCCGUGAAGAGCGACGUCACGGGGACCAGCGAUCAGGCGUACACCGAGUCUCUCAUCCUCGGCCCGUUCGAGCGCGACAAGGUCGACGAGGAGGCGGAGUACGUCCGAAAGCUCUACGAUGAAAACCACAACCUGAACAUGCUCCGCGACGUCAUGCGCAAGGGCCACGGCAUGUACGAGCGCAGCAAGGGCAAGGCGAGCCCCGUGAGCUACCAGAAGACCAAGACGAUGCUCAAGGAGAGCCGCUGGGGGUACGCAGGCACGGAGUCCACCACGCACCCUGUAUUCUUCCGGCGCAACCCCGAUGCGGCGGUAAAACUCGCCGAGGACGCGCGGCGGCGGGCGCUGCUCAAGGUCGUCGACUCCUUCCGUCCGGUGGAGACUACCCUGGAGAUUGGCGCGAAGGGAAACUCCGAGAUUGCACAACUGAUGAAGCAGCGGCGCAAGGCCCUGAGCAAGGCGGCGCAACGUGCUACCUUGGCGUCAACGUCCGCCGCGGCGAUGGUAGAGGACGAAGAUGCUGGCGACGCGGAGCACGGGAGCGACGAGGAGGCGCCGGAAAUGGCAGACGAGGCCGACAUUAUGGCUGUGUUUGACAUGACGGCCAAGAAGGCGCGGGGCUCGAAGUUCCGUGACUCCGAGUUUUACAUGUCACACUACCAGAAGGACGCCGACACAGAGAAGGGGUACUCACUCCGCGACGGCGCUAGCUUCGUCGAGCAGGCCCAGAACGUCGCGUUUGACUUGGCCGGCGACGACGGGCGUUCGCAGGAGCGCGCACGGCGCGAGAUGAAGUGGGACAAGAAAAAGAAGAAGUUCGUCAAGGGCACCGGUGAGGGCGCGGACAACGUGAAGAUGGUCAAGACGGAGAGCGGCGCCAAGCUGCCCGCGACGUACCGGAGCGGGCGCUUCGACGAGUGGAAGCAGCAGCACCGGGUCAGCAUUCCCCGGGUCGGUGAAGCAGAGGAAGAGGGCCCGCGGAGGGGCGGCGGCGGUCCUGGCGGCCGGAAGUACCGCCACAAACAGGUCGUUGCUGCGAAACCCCUGGAUAAGUUCCGCACCGACUACGAGAAAAAGACCAAGAAGUUCAAGAGCUCCGAGCAGGAAGGUGGCGGAGAUGGGCCCUCGAGGGGCGGUUCUUCGCGGCCUCCCCCGGGGAGGAAGGGUCCCCGGUUCGGCGGCAAGCCAAUGGGCAAGGUCAAGAACGAGCUCAAAACGGUGGAUCAGAUCCGGAAGUCGCGCAAGGUCGCAGAGCAGAAAAAGGCCAAGAACGCGCGUGCACCGCCCCGCGGAAAGGGCAGGCGGCGAUAG